AUGGCCGAUAGUUUUGAUCCAUUGAAGAAUGCAGCUAGUAAAGAAGUUGAAGGUUCACUGCAACAAGUAAAUAAGAGUACAUCAAAUGUUGUUAAUGCUCAAUCUCGUUCUGCAGUUUCAAGUGCUUGGACACGUCAAUCAUCAAACGGUUCGAGCGAGCAAGCUAACUCAUACAGUGCGCAAAACUAUCAAGUCCCUUCAAAUAGAUCGGCAAAUUUAAGUAAUAAUGCAAAUAAAAUUCCUCGUCAAGAAAACUAUCCAUAUAGUGUAAACGCGCGACAAUCAUCGCCAGAGGGAUCAUUACAUCAGCCUCAACAAGUCAGAGUUAUUGAUCCGAAAACUAAGCCCUAUUGGGAAACUCGAGAAGAUUCUUUUGGAAACUAUGCUCAAGAUUCAGCGGAAGGUUAUGGAGAUGAUGAGUAUGUAGACGAAGAACAACAACAAGAAGCAUCUUACUAUCAAGAUGAAUAUUAUGAACAGCCACAUAAGAAGAAAGGAUUGUCAGCUAAAAUCGAUCGUUUGGUUCAACGAUUUCCUGCCUUAGGCAAAUUUUACAAACAACCACCCUCUUCACCUGUAGCCCAUGCGCCUAGUGAAAAUUUUCAAUACGAUCGAAUGCCCGGUCCUAUCGGUUCAAGCCCAUUUAAAUAUGAAUUAACUGCUGAUGAUUUAGCACUAAAAGAGCGAUAUUCGGAUAAAGCACGUACAAAAUCUAUAAAACUUCAAGCAAAAGAUCAAACACAACCAGUUGAUGUUUCUAUUAAUCAUGAGAAAAAUCUAAUAUACUUAUGUGAUGUCGGUCGCAGCAUUGUUGAAAUUUUUGACAUGAAUGGAACAUUUGAGCAUUCACUCAAUGAUGCAAUCAUGAGUAAAUUUCAACCGACAGCCAUAGCUGUUAGUUGUGAUGGAACUAUUAUUACUGCAAGUCAUUUUAGUCAUUGUCUUCAUAUGAAUUCACCUGACGGAGCAAAUCUUUUCUCCUAUAAAAGAUUUAAAUUAGGUACCGAAGGUAGUCAAAUACAUCAAUUUUUUCAUCCAGCUGGUAUUGCUAUUGAUAUGACCGAUGGAUAUUUAUAUGUUUGUGAUCGAGGAAAUAAUCGUAUCCAAGUGAUUUCACCUGAUGGUGUAUGUGAACGAGUAAUUGAAUUAUUUUUAUAUGGCGCAAAAGACUAUCCGUUAGAACCAAUUCGUAUUGCUCAUCAACAAAACGCAGGUCAAAUAGUUUGCAUUACUGGCACUGGUGAUGUCAUGUGUUUUAUUCCAAAAGAUGCGAAUGGACCAAUAUAUGUCACACCAUUAGUUAUCACCGAUACAAAUGGAUUAGGUCUUGAAAAUGCGUCUGGUCUAGCUGUAGAUUAUCAUGAUCGUAUAUUUAUCUCUGAUACAGGUCAUCAUCGUAUUGUUAUUUGCACACCUGAUGGCAGUUAUUUAACAAGUUUUGGUACAGAAGGUGAUCAAGCUGGCCAGUUAAAACGUCCAUGUGGUUUAGAUAUAAGAACCGAUGGAACUGCUAUUGUUAGUGACGCUGGCAAUAAACGAAUACAAUUUUUUGGUUUAAUACCUGAUGAAGCACAUCCAGAAAGCAGUCCUUCCGACUUGAAGGCUAGUUUAAAUAACAAUCCAUUGAUCGAUAACGAACAUGAUCCUAUUACAAAUCUGUAA